ACUUCCGGUGGAGCCUGAGCUUCCGGUAGCUCGAGUGUCGGCGGUUGGAGGCUUGGUGUUUCUCCCUCCCCCCCCUUUCCCGCCGCUCGCCCAUGAUCGAGAGCGGACCCGGUGCUCAGGAUGAUGUCGCUAGAUUUUCUCAACGAUGUCCGGCGGAUGAACAAGCGGCAGUUAUACUAUCAGGUCUUGAAUUUUGGUAUGAUUGUGUCUUCCGCACUGAUGAUCUGGAAAGGAUUGAUGGUUCUGACUGGGAGUGAAAGUCCAAUCGUAGUUGUGCUCAGUGGGAGUAUGGAACCUGCCUUCCACAGAGGUGACCUUCUGUUCCUGACCAACCGCAUAGAAGAUCCCAUCCGAGUUGGCGAGAUUGUGGUUUUCAGAAUUGAAGGACGAGAAAUUCCAAUAGUACACAGAGUGCUGAAAAUUCACGAGAAGGAAAAUGGAGACAUCAAAUUUCUGACGAAAGGUGACAACAAUUCUGUUGAUGACCGAGGCUUGUACAAACAAGGACAACACUGGCUAGAGAAGAAAGAUGUAGUGGGACGUGCACGUGGGUUUGUACCUUACAUAGGUAUAGUGACCAUUUUGAUGAAUGACUAUCCAAAAUUUAAGUAUGCGGUACUUGUUCUGCUGGGGCUCUUUGUCCUUGUGCAUCGAGAGUGAAGAUUGGGUGGAGUUUGUCCAAGGAUAUUAGUCAAACCAAAUGUUUAAAAUGAAGAAAAUUACUGGCAGGCGUGCGAUUUUGCAGCUAUUUCCAUGGAUUUCUGCUUUCUGCCACAUGGUGAUUGUGUUUUUAAUGAAGAUCAGUACUGUAGGAAUGUUCACAAGUGAUGGACUGAAAGAUGUCACCUUACACACACACACACACGUUCCCCAUUAUUUUUUGUUUUGUGAAUCUAAAUUUUUACUGCAGCCUGGAGUUGGUCAGGCAUUUGGUUGGGAUGGAGGGUGGGGUAGGGGGGUUUGAAGCCAGGUGGGUCGAUGCCAGUUUGCACCUUUUAUAGCUUGGCGCUUAUUUUGGUGUGCUGCCACUGUUUCAGUCUGAAUACAAAUUGGGAGUGCAUUGUGGGUUUGCUGGUAUUGGUCAGGAAGCAGGCCACCUCCCAGUACACUUUAUCAGCAUAUCCAAGAAACAUGGUGUCCCCUGACUUGUUUGGAAACCUCAAGUACCUCUGACCAAAGCAUACAUGAUACAGUAAAUAGCUGGCAGCAGCAGUUGAAACCCAAAGACCACAAACAUCGAUGAAUGGGCCAGUGAACUGUGUCUGUCUUUAAAAAUGGAGCCAAGUAUAGAAUCCUACAUGGAACCCAUUUGGAAGGGAAGUUGAAGCUUUCCUAGAUUCUCAACCUUUAUUGCAGAUUGAAAAUGUGAAAUACCAAAUAUUGGACAGUUACGCAGAUACUUAAACCAUGACAUAUUGUACAGUUGGGAGUCACUUCUUUUCCAGUUCACCUGCUAUCUUUAUUUAUUCGAUCACCUUACUUUAAAUAAGAUGAUCGUAGAAUACGUGUAACCCUCUGUAUGUUGUGACAGAUUGGUGGAAAUGUUGUACUCUUCAAACCACAUCCAACCAUUUGACAUCAGAACAAUGUCCAGUACUUGGUUGUGAAAAGAUUUGGUGAGAUUAGUGAGAGCCUUCAUCCAGAGAUGGUCCUGAUUAUCAGUAACCAUUGUGUCCAUCACAACUUGCAAAUUAUUCACAAAUGUAAAAUGUGAGUCAUGAUUUGGAGAUGCCGGUGUUGGACUGGGGUAGACAAAGUUAAAAAUCUCUCAACACCAGGUUAUAGUCCAACAGGUUUAUUUGGAAGCACAAGCUUUUGGAGUGCCGCUCCUUCAGGUGUUUGUGGCAUAUACUAAUCAACCACCUGAUGACGGAGCAGCACUCUGAAAGCUAGUGCUUCCAAAUACACCUGUUGGAUCGUAACCUGGUGUUGUGAUUUUUUAACUUUAUAAAAUGUGAGCACUGUAUGCAAAGUGCAUUUGUAUUGAAAUGCUGGCACCUGGACUGGAUGAAUCAGUGUAGUUAAGAGGUGAAGGUGACAUUGGUACGUUGUAACCAAGUAAAUUGCAGGAACCCUCCUCUCCAUCUCUGAAAGACUCUACUUUCCAAUAAAGUCUUACUGAGAAAUCCUCAUACUGCCCUUUGUGGCUGCUUUUCUUGGUGGUGUUUAGUAAUGAACAAUCCCAUCAGUACUUUUCUCGUGUUAAACAUUGUGGACAGACCCAGCUUGUUCAGGUAUGUUUAGUAGUUUUCUUUGUGCGUUUGAUGUUGUACAAAGUGCCUGCUCAUCUUUUCUUCAUUUGAUACAGCACCCUCAUUCCCCACCCUUCCACUGUUAACUUCUGUUGUUUUAAAGCACCGAUUGUGAAAAUUGUCCAUCUUUUUUUCUUGAAGUGGAUGUGGAAUAAUUUUAAGUAAUUCGAAUUUUAAAAUUAGUCAGUUCUAAGACUUUUUGAUAAUUUUAUCCCAUAACAUAUCCCCAGUAAACACAAACUUCCACACUUUUUGUUCAUUUACUGUCGAAAUAAAACUCAAGUUCUACUUUUGAAGUGCCAUCAGGUAUUUCCAGCACACCGUUCAGGGAGGAGAAUCCCUUUGUUUUCAUGAAACCAUCACAAGGUUAGUGAAACUCUGGCAGCACCAGUGGAGAGAGAAAGAGAGUUAACAUUUCAAGUCUGGUAUGACUGUUGAGAAGGACUCCAGUUCUGAAAGAUUUGUACCAGUCUUGAAAUGUUGAUGCUCUUCCUCACUCUCUCUCCGCCAAUGCCGCCAGGCCUGAUGAUUUUUCUCCAGCAUUGUGUUAAUUUCAGAUUUCCUGCGCCCACAGUAUUUGCCUUUUGCCUCCUUUGUUUUCAUGGUGGGUUAGAUCCAAUCUGCCAUGUGUGGUUACAUUGUGAAGUACUUGGCCCAGUACCCCCACAGAAUCCUUUUCCUCAUGAUCUGGGAGUCGUGGGAAUUCUGCAUUUGAAUAAAAUUUCUAAAAUUUA